AGGGGAGCGGCCGUCGAGUGGGGAGGGCAUUGGAGAAGGCAAUUUUGAAAGGAACCGUGGGGGAAUUCGGGAAGGCGAGUCGAUGAUUGAUUGGGUUGGGGUUUUAUGUUUAGGCCGAGAGAGAGGCGACUGAGGUGCAAAAGCGAGGAGCAAUCGGCGUGUAUGCGGUUCGAGGCAGAUGAUAAGCAACGCGAUGAUUAUGUGGUCAUAGAUCACAAUCUCGUCGUUGAUUUGGAUGAGGGAUCGUUGCCCUCGACUCCGAACAUGGUUGUGUGUUCCGAGCCCGAGGCUUCCGAGGCGUCGGAGCAGGACGUGUGCAGGAACCAUGCAGAGUUUGUACAGCGGAUGAUGCAGCUUUCCCGAAGUUGGCCUCGCGGACGGACUGCCCACAGGCUUCUGCAUAGAAAUCCGCCUGUCGAGGGCGAUGAUCGAUUCGGAUUGUGCACUCGUUCACGGAGCCUCAGCGACCACUUUCACGCCCGUUUUGGUGAUCGCUUGCAUCGGUUUAAGCCCGCCCCGAGCCGGGGAAACAGGCUUCGGAAGAGGGCUAUGAGCGCAGACAUUCCAGGUUCUUCAACUUUGGGAUCUGAACAGGCGAGUUGUCAUAUUUCAGGGAGCUCAGGUGGAAGAUCUGUUGUCGGGCGAGGUCACAACUUUGGUAGGCCAGGUCGUUACUUGCGACAUCUCGGAUGUCACAGGCGCUGGUAUCGUCAGGUGGCCGAGGCUGAGAUGAAGAGUCUAGCAGAUGCCCAGAAAGAAUUAUAUAUCUGAUGCGCUAGAUGCACACUCAAGACGAGACUCUGGCUUCCUCCUAUGCUGAAGCAUAUUCAUGAUCGUGUAGACAGAGCCUUGAGUUUUUGGAAAGACAACUGUGGAAGGAAAUAUGGCCGUCCAUAGUAGAUACACUGCUCUUGCGAGACUGCGGAAAGCUCGUUGAGGAAGUUUGCGUAAAGUUUACCUCCGGGAUGAAACCCGUGGGUGCCAGUGGGAGCGAAGGAACUGCCCACACAAGGCUUUGAAGUAAGUUAUGAAGUAAACAACACUGUCUAGUUUUUUGGGUUUCGAUUGGUGUCUAGGGUUUCGUCUUUUGCCUUUGAACAUGAUGCCCUAGUUUCUACUUGAGAGUACUCUAAGGAGUUGCUGGAAUUGCUCGCGGAAACCGCUGUUUUGCAAGCAAUCUUCAUCAAUGUAGUGGAUGAGACAGUGGAUAGUAGUAUUAUCUUGCCUUUAACUUCUGAGUUGCUAUAUUGCUCUCCUUGCAAAGAUAAAACUAUGAUGUAGAGAGUUGCUGUGGAAAGAUUGACCUUUGUGACUGGACUUGGAGAGCAUCGGCUCUGGUCCAAGCUCCACUCGUUUUUAAAAAGCCAGACCGGGGUGUUUUAGGCCGAAAGUUUGUUCUUCAUACAUUUUUUGCAUGAAGUUGUUCUUGGUUCUGCAGUCAAGCUGCAGUUCUUGACCUAAGAACAUUUAAUUGUCCGGUCAUAUAAAUGUAGCGGGACGAUUAGAUUAAAAGCUACAGGGAAACUAGCCUUUUGGACUUGUAUAUUGACCUGGCCAUUUUUAGAAUCAGAAAUAAGUCAGAACCGCGCUAGAUAUUCUAGAACGAGUAGAACAGCUUCCUUGUAAGAACCGCGUCCGACAUGAUGCAUUCUUCCACAAGACUCUUCGGAGCUUUGGAAUGUGAUCUUUGAUUUACCAGAUCUAAGCCGAUCUCGAGUCCUGCAGCAGAUUGUGGUAUUAAGAGAAUGUACAUCAGAUGCUUCAGGACUAAUUGAGAGCGAAGUGUCACUUCGUCUCUUCUUGUUUGCAAUAACGAUUACGAUUGUCCUCAGGGAGUUAGCUACACGCUUGUUUUAUAUUUUUGAAAGUGCUACAGGGUGUAACGCCUCGAUACGAGGUAUUAUUGCGUUUUAAACCUUAAACCCUAAUAAAUGGCAGGUUCACCAUAUAAUGUGCAGUGCUGUGAUCAGUAUAGAUCUUGCUUGGCAUCAAAUAUUGUUCUCAACGUGUUCACUUUCUAUGUGCCGAGAGAAAGGUUUGUGAAUCACUUGAAAAGGGCCCUUCCGUAGCAGAGGCAUUUCUAGUUUCCUUACACCAUUUUAGUUAUCACUUUCUUUAAAUAGAUUUGAAAAAUAUUCUUUAUCAGAGGACAAAUUUGAAAAUUGAUUUAGGAAAUGAGUACAUUACAAGUACAGUUACCCGAAGUUCCGACGGGGCGUCUCGCCCAUGGACAAAUUCAUGGGUCUCGCCCAUGACUGAAGAUUAUCUUUCCCAUGUCAGCGUUUACAGGUUAGGGUUAGCCCUUGCCGCUUUGGUUUUGCCAAAGCGGCAUGGGCUUUUGGGAAGCGGGAUGUACUAUGAGAGCUGAUCAAUAAGUGGUACAGCCUGGCACCUUUCAAAGGAUUGCGUUGUUAUAUUCUCCGAUAUCAGAGUGUACAGAUUAGGGCUAGCGUGCUUGGGAAAUGGUGACGGUUUGGUUUUGUUAAAGCGGUAUGGGCUUGUGGGAACCGGUUUGUACCAUGAGAGCUAAUCAAGUAGAGGUGAUUAGUGGCACCUCUAAAAGGAGUGAGAUACUGGUAUUUAAAUCCCUUUCGUCUCGAUGCUACACAUUUCAAAUUUGUUGUAGCCUCAACUAAA